AUGCAAACUUCAGAUGCUGUCGUCACUUUUCAGGUCGUUUUCCGCCUGUGCACCUCCCCGCAGUUUCUUGUGCUAUGCACCGUUGGAGACGUCCCCACCCCACGAGUUCAAUUGCGUUCGCCCUGCUGCGCCUCAGUGUUGAGCGUACCGGAGCUUCCAUCAAGUACUUUCGUCGGAUGUCUGCUUGCCCUUUGUGGAGCUGCGAGCUGGCUGGACACAGCUUCAAACCUAGGGCGUCAUCAACGUCAACGUCAACGCCGCCAUCCUCCAGCACUCCCCCUGUUUCAAGACACAGCACUUCAAGACUUAAUUAUUAUGUCACUCAACGUUCUCGCGAUUGGAAGUUCUCGUAACAUCGGAUAUUACUCGUCCAUCAGGCUCCUCAAUAGCGGAGCGACCGUGACGUUCCUACUGCGUUCACCGGGCGUUUUUGACGCAGAUGAAACAAUCCAGAAGUACAUCAAGGCAGGAAAAGCUCAUCUUGUGAAAGGAGAUGCACUCGUGAAGGAAGACGUGCAACGCGUGUGGGACGAAGCGGGAAAACAUGGCCCGGUCGACGUACUGCUCUUCACAGUCGGCGGCACACCAAAGUUCAGCUUCACAAAAGGCUUCGUGAUCGAUCCCGCCAACCUCGUCACCCAAUCUCUCUUCAACGCACUCUGCACGAUACCCACCUCCGAGCCCCAGCCCCGCGUCAUCACCAUCUCCUCAACGGGCCUCACACGCACCUCACAUGCCAAGCUACCCCUCCCUCUCAAGCCCUUUUACGGCCACUUCCUUGCCUUGCCUCACAAGGACAAAGUCGGCGCGGAACGACUCGUGGCACAUUGCGCUGGAUGGUCGUGGAAUACGAAGGAUGAUGGCGAGCCCGAGGAUGACAUUAUGGGCGCCAAGGGUGACGAGUGGAAGAAGAGGGAGGGGCUACCAGCCGAGGGGAGCCUGAAGAGGGCUUUGGUCAUCCGCCCCGCGUUCUUGACCGAUGGCGAAUGCAAGGCUGAGGACGAGAAGGAGAAGAAGAAAGGCAAGCCGGGGUAUCGCGUCUCGGAAGGGGAGCUUGGCGGUUGGACGGUGUCGAGGAAGGAUGUAGCGCAUUUCGUCGCUGAUGCGAUCCUCAAUCGGUGGAGUGAGUUUGAAAACAAGCGCGUCAACAUCGCUCAUUAG